GUAUUACAGAAUGUUUCGGUUCUUGGAUUGGAUUUUCACGGUGGCGACCACGAGUCUUGAUUAG